UUCAUUUAGAGACAGUUCCGACUCAUCCAUUACAAAUUUAGGAUGUCGAGUUCUGAUGGUACAGCCCAAAGCACGGUGUUGGUGAUAGAUAUGAAACCAAACUUUGAAUUUAUGCGUUCUCCAUCUGCAAUUUUGAUGGUUGUUAACAUAGUUCUACUUUUUUUUGCGUGGGUUAUUAUGGCUACAUGGAAUAACUAUUAUUAUUAUUCGUCUUUUUCCAGCAAAAUAUCCUUUUUCUUAGCUACUACUGUCAUUCCUUGGUUAAUUUUUUCAAUACUGUUCUUUGUAUUUCUCUGCAAGGUCCAUAUUAAGUUAGCAGCAGUAAAUUGGCCGCUUGCGCUUAUGAUAAACUGUGGAGUAUGGACUCUUCUUGUGUUUAUAUCUUCAAUAAUAAUUCCGCAGUUGUCAAGUAAAUAUGCGAUUCCAGGGUUAGGUUCCGCGUCGGCUUUCGGAUUCUUUUCAACGUUUGGUAUGGCAAUUCAAGCUUUAUUUCAUUUUAAAGAAUACAGAAGUCAUUCGCAAUUAUCUCGCUAAAAUCAAUAUUUUUUUUAACAAUUUAAGUGUUUUUUUAAUAACAAUAAUUUAACUAGUAUAAUUUUAUAAUAACAGUUGGUAUAUUGAUUUAUAUAAGAAACAAUAAUGACUACAUUAAAAUAAAAAAAAAAAAAAAAAAACAUUGUUUGACUGUUAUUAAUCGAAGUAAUUUUUGUAUUAUUACCCAAAGUAAUUUGAGUAGUUUAACUGUUCUAUUUGUAUUAACAUUCGUUUGAUAACACUUUUUUUAAAAAGAAAAAAAAACUUGUAUUAA